AUGUUAAACUAUUUGCAAUUAUCGAGUAUUGCCAAUAACUAUGAGGCAAAAGUCUAUCCCGUAUUUAUGUUGGCCAUUGUCGGGGAAUUUUUGUUGCGACUAAAAACUGUUAGUUAUAUGCGAACAUCGGAAACCAUAUUCAAUCUAAUAUCGGGAUUAUUAUUGAUUUUGAUUAGAUCAUUAAUGCUAAAAUUAUUUUCAACAUGUUGCCAAUGGCUGAACACAAAUUACGUCCUAGUUAAUUUGACAGAAUCGACCGCCCAGUCUAGUUUAAUUGGCUAUUAUUCAAUGAUAAUCUGUACAUUUAUCAUGGUCGAUUUUCUAUUCUACUGGUGCCAUAGGGCUGGGCAUGAAAUCAACGUGUUUUGGGCAACCCAUCAGUUUCAUCAUAGCGGCGAAGAUUAUAAUCUAUCGGUGGCCAGUCGUACGUUGGCUACCGAAGCCAACUAUGUAUUAUUAGCGUUUGCAACCGUAUGGCUAUCGGUGCUCAUACCUGGCCCGACAUUGAUACAUGUCCUCGAAUUUAUUAUCGUCUAUCAGUUUACAUUGCAUACUAGCCUAUGGAAAUCCUAUGGUUGGUUGGAUUUAGUGAUGAUAGCACCGGGCGAUCAUAGCGUACAUCACGGUAGCAAUGAAUAUUGUUUAGACCGUAACUAUGGUUCCGUACUAUCUGUAUGGGAUCGUUGGUUUGGUACCUAUGUUCGGGAACGACCCGAUGAACCGGUUGUCUACGGAUUGGUUCAUAAACCUCCCGUUACCUAUGAUUUUACCCGUCAAUCGGUCUAUUAUUUCGGGUUAAUCUAUGAAAAAUUUUCAACUAACUACCCGGGUCAACCAACUAGUCUAUCAAAUAAAUGGCAUUCCCUAUUCAAUAAACCAUCAUGGUCAAUGCCCUAUAUUGAUAAUAAUAAUAUUGAUCAAGUAGAUAUGGAUGAUAAAAUUAAGCAACAUAAUUUUGAGUUCAAUAAACUAUACAAUCUAAAUUAUCGAAUGCAUUGGUAUAUGUAUCUGUAUAUUACUGUACAUUUACUAAUGAUAUCAAUGGAUAUAUUUAUGGUAUUGAAUGGUAGAGAAUCAAUGAAUAUCAAAUUGAUCAUGGUAAAAUAUCUAUGGACUUAUCUAUUUCUAACAUCAAUCGGUGCUAUAUUGGAUAACAAAACCUAUGCACCAAUAAUUGAACUAGCUAGAUUGCUUAUUUAUUAUUAUUAUCCAAUGAACAAUUAUUAUCAACUAUCAAUUGAACAAAUCUAUAAUUAA